UACAUGUGCUGCCAGAAUUCAAUUUCACACUCAGUGCCAGUAAAUUACGCUGAGUUAAUGGACAUGACGCUAUGUGACGUCUAAUCUCGCGAUACUUGAAGGGGGCGGGGCGUGUCAAAUUCCGAAGGAGAAGAGAGUGAAGAGAGAGUGAGAGAGGGGUGCUGAGGCUCUUGAACAUCCUCAACAAUGUUCUCCUCUUCUCCUCUUCCACAGCUGUAUUGCAGGCCGUUUGCAAAAAUGGGGGACGACAAACCUUUUGUGUGCAACGCUCCUGGCUGUGGGCAGAGGUUUACGAACGAGGACCACCUCGCUGUCCACAAGCACAAGCAUGAGAUGACGCUGAAGUUCGGACCUGCCCGGACAGACUCCGUCAUCAUCGCAGACCAGACGCCGACUCCCACUCGUUUCCUGAAGAACUGUGAAGAAGUGGGCCUGUUCAACGAGCUAGCCAUGCCCUUUGAGCAGGAGUUCCGUAAAGCCCAGGAAGAUGAUGACAAGAGAGCCAAGAACCCUCUGCCUGCCCCUGGCUCUUCAGCUCUGGACAUGAGUCUACAGACGCCCUCAGACAUAGUUCGAGUGAAGGAAGAGGAGCCUGUCGAGGUGGAUUCCUCCCCUCCCACUAGUCCAGACUCCAUCUCCAGCAAGUCAGACAGCAACAAGGAGGCCACGGCCAGGGGAAUGGAAUCUCCGUCUAAACCAGCAGUAAGUUCUGCUCCUAUGCCCACCAUCGUCCGUCCGGGCUCUCUUCCUCUUCACCUUGGCUACGACGCCCUGCAUCCCACCAUGCCUUCACCCACCUCGGUCAUCACACAGGCUCCGCCCUCCAGCCGCACCCUUGGGUCUCCAACUGGUCCGUACCCAAUGAUGAUGCUUCCCAACGUGCUCCCAGGCCCAGUGCAAAUGUCUUCUGUAAUAUCCCUGGCUAGGCCCAUGUGUAUGGUGCCCAACAUUCCAGGAAUCCCAGGUCCUCCCCUAGGUGGAAGCAGCAGUGGCUCCUCCUCUCCAUCUGGUUACAACCCCCAUACCGAGGCUAAGAUGCGGCUGAAGGCGGCGUUGUCUCAUCAGACCACAGCGGCCUGUGUCAGCGUGGCGAUGGGCUCCAGUGCCAUGGUGCCACAGAGGAUGGAGCAGAGCCAACUGCUGGUACAGCAGCCUGAUGCCCCAUCCCCUGCACAGCCCCAGGUUUCUCCGGCUCAGCCGACAGGCGGGCGGCGGCGGCGCACGGUGGACGACGAUCCAGACGAGAGGAGACAGCGCUUUCUGGAGCGCAACCGAGCAGCCGCGUCCCGCUGCAGGCAGAAGCGCAAGAUCUGGGUGAACUCUCUGGAGAAGAAAGCAGAGGAGCUGACGUCUAUGAACGUCUCCCUCACGAAUGAGGUGUCUCUGUUACGAAACGAAGUGGCUCAUCUGAAGCAGCUGCUGUUGGCCCAUAAGGACUGUCCUGUCACCACCUUACAGAAGAAGGCUGCCUACCUGGGAGAAGAAUCCAUGAAGGACGUGUGUGAGGCCACGGGUUCUCCAGCUCCGGUGAUCCAGCACAGCUCAGUGGCGCUGAGUCCCUCGGGAUCGUCAGGGCCGAACGGCAUGAGCUCACGGGCAGCUGCCGAGGCCGUAGCCAUGUCCGUGCUGGCCGGCAUGGGCACCCAGCGGGCAGAGAGCGGCCACUCGCACGUCAUCAUGACCACACAGCCUUCAGCCAGAUGAUGAGCCCAGCACUAGGAGGGGAGAGGAGCGAGGGAUGAGGCCAGAUCCUCCCUGUCGUCUUUUUCUCCUCUCCCUGGUCCUCUCUCACGCUGUCGCGCUCUUCUGGCCCGGAGCUGGCCCAGAGAAUUUUUGGGGGUCAAAAACAACUUUGGCGAACGAAAGAGCUUCCUGUUCACUAUGCCAUAGACUACGGGGGGGCUGGACUCCGAUCCUCAUCCAUAUUCUCAUUAAAAAAUCCUUACUAACUCCACUUUCACGCCAUCAUCCCUGCCCUCCUCAUACUCCUCGCCUUCCAUCCAUCUUCACGCUCCUCAUUCUUCAGCUGAACUGUAGGACAGAACAGUGCUUCCUGAAGGACUUACAUGGUGACGGUGAUCUGAUGCAUAGGUAUUACGUACACGUGUGUCUUAUUUACACGUUCAAAGAGCAAUGUGGAUGGCUGAUCAGUGGCAGUAAUUGAAAAGGAAGUGCUGCCACAGUGUGUGUGUGUGUGUGUGUUUGUGUGUGUGCGCACGUGUGAUAGGGUGGGCAGUAUGGCAAAAAUAUCAUAUUGCGAUACUUGGAAGAUAUUUUUGCGAUACGUGAUGCGUACCAAGGCAUUAAGUACGGUCGAGUACCAACAAAAAGAGUGAAGCCUUUUUUUAUUUUUAUUUAUUUAUUUUUUUUUAUAAAAAGUGAUGAAUUCAGGGAUUUUUAAUCCAACAUUUCAACAGAUCAAAAGCCCUGAAUGAGGAAAAGAGGGGAAAUGAUACAAAUUAUCAUCCAAUCAGAUACGUGUUACAACGAGUAAAUUUGUAGUUGUAAAAGCAUCGACAAACUGGUGGGUCCGUGAACAUGGUGGCGUUCGUUCAACUUUCAUUGCAGAACAUUUUUAGAAAUGAAAUAUUUAUGAAUCCCGAUACAAAGAAAAUAAAUUGCCCACUGCAUUGCAUUUCAGCUUGAACACACUUGACCUGGAAGUACAAGUUCUCCUGGUGUGAUUUAAUUCGUUUUCAUAAAUGUGAUAUAAACGGGAUCAACAGUGCAGUAAUACAUUUUUGCUGAUUUAAAACUUUCUGAAAUUGCAGAACCUGGAAAAUCCGGCUGAUGAAUUUUUUUUUUUCCAGCCUCCACGUCGUCCUCCUUCACCGUCACCUUCUUGCUUUUUUUUUAAAACGCACAUAGUUCAGUCAUUUUCACCCCAAAAUGAACCUGAAAUGCUGCAAAACAAGCAAAAGAGAAACACAAAAGUCUUCUGUUUUUUUUUUUUUUUUUUUUGUAAUAUGCAUCACUUUAAAGCUGAAACACUUUAAAAAAAAUUUUUUUUUGCGUACAAAAUGUUUCUUCUUCUUCAAUUUUGAAGAAGUACCCUGAACUGUACCGUGGGGUUUGAAUAUCGCGAUAUUGAUAUUAUAUUCCCAUAUUGCCCAGCCCUAGCGUGUGGUGUGCUGGUGUGCAUGCUCACACUUACUGCCUUUCACAUUUUACUCGCAUGAACGAGGAUAAACGAUCGCACCACAACUCGGCAAUAUUAUUAUUUUUUUUUUAUUUUAUUAUUUUUUUUUAAACGAAAGGAAAAAUUCCUGUGUGUUUGUGUGUUUUUUAAAAUCUUGUCCCUCGCAUUUUCGCUCGGUUUUCAUUUCAAGGAGACCAAGAGAACGCCUCGGCUGAACUUCACCAAGAUCUGACCUCAUUUCUACCCCUUUAUAAUAUGUUUUAUAUGCAAAGCGUUUAAAAUCAGUGAAUAUAGUAUGCUUGUGUGUGUGAGAAUGUGUGUGUAUAGGAAUGUACAUCAGAGUAUAACAGUUUAUAAUUCAUGGGACUGAUACACUAAUAUUGGCAAGCUUUAUUUUCAUGCUGUUUUCUAUAUUUUCGCACAUCCUCCUAAACACGUUGCUCGAUCACGUCUUUUGGUUUUCCUCGUAGCCUUGUGCCGCCCCUUCAUGCCAUAAACUGGCUCAUGGUUACAUUUCAUUGUUAAUUGAAAUCUCCUUGUUGGGAUUCCUGUGUUGCGUCAGAGCUAAAUGGUGGUGCCAGCAUGUCUGGCGCUGGCUUUUUUUUUUUUCCUCUUUCUUUUCCUUCCCUCUUCUUCUUGUAAAGUUCUCAGUUAUUAGCUCCACUGUAUGUUCGGGCUGUGUUAGAGCUGAGCCUCGGAAAAAUCCAGCUGUGUACUCAUUUCAUCUCUGAUUAUUUUCUCAUUGUUUUAAACAGAACAAGACCAUUUAGGCCUUUUUGUUUAAAAAACCAAAACUGAAUCACUGUCUGAAUCAUUCAGGCGAUUACGAAGACGUUAAUACGUCUCGUCUCUGUAGAAGGCAUGUGCCGAUGAUCGGUUAGUAUCAUACAUCGCGAUAUUGAUAUCGGAGAAGCUUCGGAGUAUCAUUAAUAUAAUCUAGAUUUCUUUUCAGAGGGGGCUGAAUGAACAGAUUUCGCAUUCGUUUUAUUAAUUAAGCUUAUAAGUAGUUUAUAGUGACGCAGCAUAUAUGAGCAAUAACGCUGCAUUUAUAUUUAUAGCGUGUUGGUUUCGAAUUAACCGCAAAAUGUGAAAACGGUCUCAUUCUCAUCUCAGAUAAAGAAAAUUACAGACAGGAAGUGUAACUUGAACGUGAACAUCCCAUUCAUUUUUAUUUAUGAAAAUUUUUUGAUCAGAUAUUAACCUUGCGCAUAAACAUCUGCUCUUCAGCCCGUCGUUAUGCAGUUCUCUUCAGCAUCGUUUAGCAUCGACGUGCACGAACAAAAAAAAAAAAAAAAAGACUUGGAGAAAGAAUGCAGUCGAGUGCAAAGUUGCGUAUACCCUUAGGCCAAAGUGCGUAGCAGUGCAUUUGCUAUAACGGAUUAGUUUUAAUAUCGGCACAUGCCUACUAGACUCGCUCGUUAACGCGCUCACAAUGAGAAACGCACUUAAUUGCACAUCCUAACGUGUUGCUCGAUCAAACUAUUCUGCCUUAACCCUUGCUGCAGUGCCUCUAAAGCCCUGGUCAGGUUUCACAGUUUUCUGGUUGCCCACAGGAACGUCUGUGCCAAAUAUAGGAAUCAACCGGGACAUUUUAAAAAGCUGUAUAUUUUGUAUUGCAACAAAUUUCAUUACAGAUGCCUUUGCAGAUCUUGAAACCGCAGGGAGAACAUUAACAGCUCGUGCUGUGUUUGUGUACUGUGCUCUUUACUGCCAUCUGGACCUGAUUCGCUGUUACUGCCUUGCAUUACUUUACUGGGAGGUGAAAGGAAACUGGACUGAUAACUCCCUUUAAACCUGGGAGAUCUCUUUAUUUUUAUUGCAACAUAUAUGAUUUAAAGGGGGUAGUUUGGUAACGAUGAAAACGUACAAUGUUUCAAGUUAGUGUGAAUGUAGUCGAUCAGCCAAGACGUGUUUAGUGCGUGACUUGUCGAGUAACGAAGGUAAUGUCUCACCUAAAAAUCUUUCCCAAAUUUUGGUGCUCCUGAAAAACAAAGCGUUCGCCCUGUCGUCCGGGAGCCAAGUGGACACGAUUGCUGACAGGGUGGGGAGGGAUCACAUAGUCUCUCUCCCCUGUCAAUCACAGAGACAGUAACCAAUUAUGGGCAUCUGUGAGCUCGUGUAUGCAGAAGAGGGUGGGUAGCGCUUUCUCGAGAGUGUGCAUUGAGGAAAUUAGGAGGAGGUGGGGGGACUUUUGAUUUUCCAAGAUGGCUGCCAUUAGCUAACUUGUUUUUAUAGCGCUCCAGUGAAACUGUAAAGAAGCAAACAUCACGUCUGAUCGAGUAUAUUUGGGAGAAAUGUGAAUUUAGUUUAGUUUUUUUUUUUCUUUUCUUUUUUUUUCUUCCCCCACCCAGUUAUUUCUUUCAAUUGAAAAGGGAAUGUUUUAGCAGUAAUCGUGUGACUUGAAUGUCCCUUAAUCAUGUAUUUUACACAGAGUGUAAUUACCGGAGAAUGUAACGGCACGUCGAAAUGCACUAAAAUGUGAUCGAUCUAUAGAGUUUGUAUUUUAUGACCUUUGCUGCUGAGUACGUCCUUCACACAGAGCGUCUGACGUCAACAUGAGUUUGCAUAUGUUUUAAUUCAUGUUCGUGUAAGGUUCAAGGAUUUUGCAGCAGCAGCCACUUAAAGCUUAUCUUACAGUACGAUUAUGAGUUGUUAACGCUGGACUGAGCACCGUGGCAUUGUUCUCGGUCUUCGUGUUCUCACAUGGAAAGGUGGAGGGCAGGGAAAACUUUCAGCUUUCAUAUUAAAUAAUGAUUGCCGGCACUUUUUUCUACAUCUGUUCUUUAUUUUGUGCAGCGAGGACUGUCAUAAUAAAUACUUCUUUAACCCCCCUCCCUCUUACUUUUUUUUUUUGUAAUACUGAAAUGUAGAACAUUUUAGGCCUCCUACAUGUUUUUCUUCAUGAGUGGCUUUUCUUAGUCACUAUGUAAUCAUAUUUUUUGCAGAUGAUGUUUUUUGCAGAAUAGUAAGAAUGCUUUAAGAGAGAUGUAGCCUAUAUAUAUAUAUAUAUAUAUAUAUAUAUAUAUAUAUAUAUAUAUAUAUAUAUAUAUAUAUAUAUAUAUAUAUAUAUAUAUAUAUAUAUAUAUAUAUAUAUAAAAUAUAUAAAAAUAUUAUGUGACUGUUUUCAGCUCCCACUCACUUUGACAGAUUUUUUUUUUUCCCCCUGAGUAAUUUGGCCCUUACCUUUUUUUAUGUUAUUUUUCUACUCCAUACUUUUCGAUGUUAAUACACCGUUAAUUUAUUAAGGAAUUAAUGCAGAAUAAUGAAAAAUAUAAAACAUAAUCCCUCCGACCUGUAUCGAAUAGUAAUGGUUAAAAUGGUAUGUAUUUAGAAAGGCAACUAUUGAAAGACGUUCUUUCAGCCUUUAAUUGUAAAGACACACUCCCGGUUGGACUGAUUUUUAAUUUUAGUCUUUAUCUUCUUUACUGUACAUAUGUGUACUAUAUAUAAAUGUAUUUACUUUUUCAUGCAUGUUGAAGUGAAAUACGAUGCACACUUGCAGUGCUGCAGUCUUGAUUAAAGAAAAAGCAAUUAAACACCAUUUCUGUGUCUUUUGAUCAGUUAUAAAUGUAAUUAACCAAGUAAAGCAAUAAAGUCCUUUUAUAUGUUGA